AUGUUAGCCAACAAUUUGAUUGCUUUUGUUGCUCUAGCCUCUGCGACAGGGGCUAUGCUCGAACCAAGCCUGGGCAUCGCAAGGAAAGAUGGACUCACUGUCACCGAGUCAGAGCUCGAUGAUAUGCAAUUCUUCAUGGAGCAAAGCGCAUCCUCAUAUUGCAACUACAAACAGGCAAGCGGUGACCUUGUUAGGUGCGAUCGCGAGGGAAUCAUCGGAGGGAAGUGCUCUUUGAUCCAGGACGACGGCGUUCGAAUUCUCUGGACAUAUAUCGGCCCGGUCACUCAGGUCGCUGCGUACAUCGGUAUAAAUAAUGUUCGCAAGCAAAUUGUGUUUACUGCUCGGGGCACUCUGACUGAGGGAGAGACAAAUGUGAACUUCAACUUUUGGUUCAAGCCUUAUCCAGGUGUGCAUGGGGCUCAGGUUCACACGGGCUUCUAUGAUGCUUGGAAUGAAAUGGCCGCCGGUGGUGCCGUGAAAGCAAUUAGCGACGCUGUUGCAGCCAACCCGGGCUACAAAGUUGUGGCCACUGGUCACUCUCUCGGCGGAGCCCUUGCAUCCAUGGCCGCCGCGAGUCUUCGUGAUACGGGUUUCUCGGUUGAUCUCUACACAUAUGGUGCCCCUCGCGUUGGUAACGCUGCCUUCAAUGACUUCCUAGUUGGUCUGCCCGGGGCCAAUUAUCGUGUCACAAACUUGGAUGAUCCUAUUCCACGCGUGCCGUUCCUUUGUUGGGGCUAUCGAUCCAUUUCUCCAGAAUACUGGAUAUCCCAGAAUUUUACGGGUUCUGAUUAUCCGCUCGACGAUAUCAAAGUUUGCGAAGGAGACGCCAACCUCGAGUGCAAUGGCGGCACAUCCGGAUUGAACAUCUACUCUCAUGGCCUCUACUUUCUGCGUUCUGCAUGUUUAUACCCAGAAGACGUACCAUAUAGCGAAGAGGCGACCAAAACAUGGUUGACUGGGCUUACACAGCUAAACGACGAACAACAUCCAUUUUCAGGGGAUGAUCUUAAAUAUUGUUUGCUCGGGGUCUAG